CUAACUUUGCCAGUUGGACGCCUCCUGCUAUUUCAGAGAUGAAUGUUCUUCUGCUUAUCUUUGGGAGCGUGCUUCUCCCCAAAGUCUACAGCCUGCAGUGUUAUGAGUGUCUUAUCGGAGCAGCAUGUUCAAACAGCCAAAGAGAUUGUCCCACCGGUCUGUGUGGAACAACAAGAGUCAUUUCAUAUGUUGGUGGCUCAAAACAGGUCGAUCUGAACAUUAAGUCUUGUGCUGUGGCUGAGCAGUGUAUCAGUGGCUCAAUCAACUUUGGCGUCGCCAAGACUGUAUUAGCCACCAAGUGCUGCUCCACCGACCUCUGUAACAACCAAGAACCCCAAGUGUCCUCUGACACUUCUCCCAAUGGUAAGAAGUGCUAUGGCUGCAACACGGAGAACUGCAACGCCGUCAUGGAGUGCAGUGGGACUGAGGACCGCUGCAUUUCCGCAUUAGCGCCGGGACCUGGAGGUGGAAAACAACGUGUGAAGGGCUGUGUCUCCAAGAGUGUUUGCUCAGCCUUGUCUGUUAAAGAGGUGGCAGCAAAUAUCGGACAAGAUGUGAGCUGCUGUGAGGGCAACAUGUGCAACAGCGCUGGCACCACUGCUGCUAGCCUCCUGCUCCUGGCAGCACCCAUGCUCUCUUUUGCCCUGUUCUUUUAAACUGGUGGAGACAGCAGCCUCGCCACUCAGUUUCACUCAAUUUGCCCUCUGGCCUCUGCAUCUCUUCAUGUUCCUCAUAAUCCUUUAAAAACUCUCUGACAUCCUCAAACAAUCUUAUUUCAGCACAGGGUUUUUUUUUUUUUUUUUUGGCUGUUGGCACAUACAGUGUCUGUUGUAUAAAGUUAAAAUAUUUCAACAGCAGUUCGCAAAUGCAUAUUUUUCUAUUCCCCUCUGCCUUCUGAGUCAGAUGUUGUUGUUGUUGUUGUUUUUUUUUUUUUUUUUUUUUUUUUUGCCAUGAUACAUUUUUUUGUUGUUUGCAUAUAAACUUCAAAUAAACAGAACUUGUUUA